AUGGCUAAAAAUAUUUCGUCCAGUGAAAUUAACAAUGCUAUUUGUUCCAGUUUGAUUUUUCCCCCUGGAAUUCAUGAGCUGAAACCCGAACAAAUACUCGUCAUCCGGAACGUUGUUCGUGGAAAAGAUGUGUUGGCCGCUCUACCAACAGGGUUUGGAAAAAGUUUAACAUUUCAAAUUUUGCCAUCUGUGUUGAAGUCAUUGCAGAGUAGUUACGUGUCACCUUCUCCUUUGGUUAUUGUUGUUUGCCCUUUAAAAUCUACAUUAAAGACCAAGUGAACUAUCUGAGGUCACUUGGUUCGAAAGCUGGCUAUGUUGGGGAGAGUGAUGAAUUAGAUAAGGGGAUUAUUAAUGGCACCGCUCAGAUUAACCUGCUGUAUGGAAGCCCGGAAUCAUUUGUCGGGGAAGAAAAGAUACGGGGAAUGUUUUCCAACAUGUUUUACCGCAAAAAUGUUGCUGCAGUAGUAUGUGAUGAGGUGCACACUGUUGUCCACUGGUAAGAUUUUUCUCCUUAUAAUAAUACUGGCUCUAUUCAAAUCCUCUAAACUGAGUGAAAAUAUUUGAAAAUUGUUCACUAUUUUUAAAUUUUAAUUCUUUUGUACAAUACUACCAGCACAUAUUGUUAAUUUGCUUAUGAAAUGUCAUUUUAAUUUUUGUUUUGAUUAUGUCUAUUCCAUCACUCAAGUCUACAUUACUACAGUUACAACAUCCGUGCUUUUAUAGAAGACUUCUCUGCGGUGUACCUGACUGUUUAUAACUGCACAUGUUACUGUACAAGUGUUAGCGCUAACAAGAAGCCUAUGUACAUGUGCCCCUGCCCAGGCUAUAAUAGUUAAGUGUUAUGAAAUCCAAAUUAAUGUUUGAUUGACAAGAGCUUUUCUCUAUUUCCUUUGCUGAAUGUAUAAGGCUGGAAUUUUAUUUAAUUAACCAGCUUUAUGAGAAGCUGCCAGAUUAUUAAAAGUCCUAGAUGACCUUUGUUCCUACCCUGAACAGCCUUUACGACUCCCAAACAUUACACUAUGAGCGUUAUGGAUGUUAGAGUCAACAUUUGACGUAAUGGAAGCUCUUUUCUCACAGUGAUUAGGUUGCUGUGAAUUAUGGUAGGAAAACAUGUAGUUUAUCCUAAAUGUUUGCAUGGAACUCCAUUCAUUCAGCGUAACAUACACUAUGACAUCCACUGCACAUGUUUAUGCUCCCUGAUUUCUGAUAAUAACCAAUGUUUAUUUCACUAAUAAUUUUUAGGGGUGAAAGAGGCAAUGGGAAGAAAGAUCCCUUUAGGAAGUGGUGUGGUGCUGUAGGUGAAAUUAGGUCUCUUCUUCCCCAAGGGCUUCCAAUGCUGGCCCUGACAGCAACAGCAUCAGUUGGCACAAGAAACAAAGUUAUUGAAAUGUUAAGUCUCAACAAAAGUGUUCAGAUUGUUGUUAGUCCAAACAGAGAUAAUAUAAAACUUUACCUUGAAAAGGUGAAAAAUGAUAUCUCUGAUAAUUUCAUGUGGCUAGUGAAUGAAUUGGAACAAAAACAACUUGACUGUCCAAAAGUAUUGGUAUAUGUCAGGGAUUACCAGCGAUGCAGUGAGAUCUACCAUCUUUUUAUGCAAAGUUUAGGAGCUAAAGCAUACUUCCCACCUUGUGCCAACAAAACACCCAAAAAUAGAAUGGUUGCCAUGUACCACAGUGGCACUUCUCCUAGUAUUCAAGAAAUUGUCCUAGCCUCUCUCAAGGAUCCUAAUGGAAAAGUUAGAAUCAUUAUUGCUACGAGUGCCUUAGGAAUGGGAGUAGAUAUCAAGGGCCUACACCGUAUAAUCAACUAUGGACCCCCCAGUGAUAUAGAAUCUUACAUACAAGAAUUUGGAAGAGCUGGAAGAGAUGGCAAUCAGUCAGAAGCCCUUCUUAUGUUUCAUGGCAGGCAGCUACAUCACUGCACACCCGAGAUGCUUGAAUCCCUGAAAUCAACCAGCUGUCGAAGAAGCAAACUUCUUGAACUGUUUGAUAAAAGUACUGCUGGUAAUCAAAGUUUUUCCAGGAUAACGCACCUGUGCUGUGAUGUCUGUGCACUUGAGUGUACAUGUGAGUCCAUAAACUGUCCAGAUAUAAAUGACAGCAUGGAUUCACUGAAAAGGAAAAGUACUGAUAUUACAGCAAGUCAGAGACUUAGGCCUGUUUCCAUUGACCAAAAAAACAGCUUGAAAGAAUUCCUCAGAGAAUGCCAAAAAAGGAUAAGAGAUGAGUUAAUGGAGUCAAACCUCAAGUUGUUUUAUGCCAAUAUUGUCAAUGUCACUUGCUUUACCAAUGAACUUAUAGAGAAUGUAGUAUCCAAAUGUGACUCGCUUUUUUCUGUUGAAGAUAUACUGGAGAAACUU